AACUUGGAGCGUGCGGCCAACCAGCAGCAGGGAGAGAUGGAUCACCUGCUGGAGCAGCUGCGGGGUCUGAAACUUCAGGCGGAGUCCGACAAAGAGGCCCUGAAGAGGGCUACGCGGGCCCAGAAACACCGGGCGGAGCGCAGCGAAGACACCGCCGGGCAGCUCAGCGCCCAGCUACUGGACAUGGUAGGUGGAAGAAGGGAGAUGGUGACCUACCUCUUAGAACAGGUCUAGGAUCAGUUCUGUCUAAUCCUUAUUAUUAAGCGGUGGAAAAGAGGUACAAAAACUGACCUUUGGAUCAGGGUCGUUUCACCUCAAAAAGCAAAAGAAAGAGGAUUUCGACACCGACCAUCUCAGAUUGUUCUGAAAUCAUUUCUGUUAGAAACAGAUAAGAUUAGCAUUCUUGCAACAUAAUGUUGUUGAAAUAUAAUUUGAUCUCUGAGAAAUUAAGAUAAUUGAUUGCAUCCAAAUGGGCAAUUUUAAUGUAUAGAAUUCAUAUAAUAUUCAGUUAAUAUACAGUGCAUUCUGAAAGUUUUUUUUAUUUUUUAUUUUGUAUAACAUUUGCAUAAGUAUCCAGACCCUUUACUCAGUACUUUGAUGAAGCACCUUUGGCAGCGAUUACAGCCUCGAGUCUUCUUGGGUAUGACGCUACAAGUUUGGCACACCUGUAUUUGGGGAGUUUCUCCCAUUCUUCUCUGCAGAUCCUCUCAAACUCUGUCAGGUUGGAAGGAGAGCGUCGCUGCACAGCUAUUUUCAGGUCUCUCCAGAGAUAUUCAAUCGGGUUCAAGUCCGGGCUCUGGCUCGGCCACUCAAUGACAUUCAGAGACUUGUCCCGUAGCCACCUGCGUUGUCUUGACUGUGUGCUUAGUGUUGUUGUCCUGUUGGAAGGUGAACCUUUGCCCCAGUCUGAGGUCCUGAGAGCUCUGGAACAGGUUUUCAUCAACGAUCUCUCUUUACUUUCCUCUGUUCAUCUUUCCCUCGAUCCUGACAAGUCUCCUAGUCCCUGCCGCUGAAAAACAUCCUCACAGCAUGAUGCUGCCACCACCAAUCCGUAGGGAUUGUGCCAGGUUCCCUCCAGACGUGAUGCCUGGCAUUCAGGACAAAGAGUUCAAUCUUGGUUUCAUCAGACCAGAGAAUCUUGUUUCUCAUGGCCUGAGAGUCCUUUAGGUGCCUUUUGGCAAACUCAAAGCGGACUGUCAUGUGCCUUUUACCGAGGAGUGGCUUCCGUCUGGCCACUCUACCAUAAAGGCCUGAUUGGUGGAGUGCUGCAGAGAUGGUUGUCCUUCUGGAAGGUUCUCCCAUCUCCACAGAGGAACUCUGAAGCUCUGUCAGAGUGACCAUCGGGUUCUUGGUCACCUCCCUGACCAAGGCCCUUCUCCCCCGAUUGCUCAAUUUUGCCGGGCGGCCUGCUCUAGGAAGAGUCUUAGUGGUUCCAAACUUCUUCCAUUUAAGAAUGAUGGAGGCCAAUGUGUUCUUUGGACCUUUGAAACUCCCAAAUACAGGUGUGCCAAGCUUGUAAUCACUGCCAAAGUUGCUUCAACAAAGUACUGAGUAAAGGGUCUGAAUACUUAUGUAAAUGUGAUAUUUCAGUGUUUUAUUUUUAAUAAAUUAUGGGAUAUUGUGUGUAGCUGGAUGAGGAUAAAUCAAUUUAAUCUAUUUCAGAAUAAGGCUGUAACGUAACAAAAUGUGGAAAAAGUCAAGGGGUCUGAAUACUUUCCGAAUGCACUGUAGGUACCAUUGACUUGCAUUGGAUUUGCAUGGGUUGCUGUCAUCUUGUCCAUAGACUGUUUACAGGGUAAGGAAACCAAUAUGCCGUUUUGUAAUUUGGGUGAAUUAUCCCUUUAACUGAUCAAAUCAAAUGUUAUUGGUCGCAUACACAUAUUUAGCAGAUGUUAUUGCGGUUGUAGCGAUAUGCUUGUAAUGCUUGGGGAGGUUGGGGGAUUAUACCUUUUUUUUUAUCACCUAAUAGCAGGAACACCACCAUCUAGUGGUCAGAACCAGGUAAUAUCAGGAUGUAGGCUGGGACAUCAACCUAACAACUUCAAUUACUAAUUUCUCUGAACAGGGGGACAAAAUCACUAAAUUCACUGAGAAUGCAUUACAUAGGAUGAAGAAACAAUACGCCAAGCCGCAGCUCCAUACUACUUGUCAGACAUAGAGAAGUGAUACUGUAUACUUGUUGUUAGGUUGGGAUUGGUGUGGGUGGCUUUUGGAUGUUAGGUAUUAUAUUUAUUGAACGUUAUCCUAUACAUUAAUAUGGCCAACUAGCUUAAUUUCACUUAGAUCAAAUUAUAUUUCAACAAAACAAUGUUGCAGGAAUGCUAAUCUUAUCUGUUUUUACACUGAACAAAAGUAUAAAUACAACAUGUAAAGUAUUGAUUCCAUGUUUCAUGAGCUGAAAUAAAAGAUCCCAGAAAUUUUCCAAACCACACCAGCCCAGGACCUCCACAUCCGGCUUCUUCACCUGCGGGAUCGUCUGAGACCAACCACCCAUACAGCUGAUGAAACUGUGGGUUUGCACAACCGAAGAAUUUCUGCUAAAACUGUCAGAAACCGUCUCAGGGAAGCUCAUCUGCGUGCUCGUCGUCCUCACCAGGGUCUUGAUCUGACUGCAGUUCGGCGUCGCAAAUGACUUCAGUUGGCAAAUGGUCACCUUCGAUGGCCACUGGCAGGCUGGAGAAGUGUGCUCUUCACGAAUUAGUCUCGGUUUCAACUGUUGUGUGGGCGAGCGGUUUGCUGAUGAACAGACUGCCCCAUGGUGGUGGUGGGGUUAUGGUAUGGGCAGGCAUAAGCUACAGACAACGAACACAAUUGCAUUUUAUCAAUAGCAAUUUGAAUGCACAAAGAUACCGUGACCAGACCCAUUGUCGUGCCAUUCAUCCGCCGCCAUCACCUAAUGUUUCAGCAUGAUAAUGCAUGGCCCCAUGUCACAAGGAUCUGUACACAAUCUGUAUUCCAAGUCAUGUGAAAUCCAUAGAUUAGGGACUAAUGAAUUUAUUUUAAUUGACUGAUUUCCUUAUAUGAAAUGUAACUCGGUAAAAUCUUUGAAAUUGUUGCAUUUAUAUUUUUGUUCAGUGUAACUACAGAAACGAUUUCAGAACAAUCUGAGAUGGUGGGUGUCAUGGCUUGCUUAAAUGAUAUGGAACAAACCCAUCAAUACUUAGGAACAAGAUGUCCCACAGAAGAACUGCUUGAUGAUUAGUCGAAUUACGUUUGUUAGUAAUGGGCUAGAACUACAGCCAGAUGUACCAUGCAGUUCUCCAGGACCAGGAUUAAAUACUUUUCAAAUAUAUUGGAUGAUGUUGCUACCUACACAGGAGAACCAGAUGGUAGAGGCCCUAUCAGCAGCAGAGAACUGGCGUGGUCGCCACGCCCAGGAAAUGAAGGACAAGGCUCAGCUAGAGAUGGAGGUCUCAGUCCUCAACAGGUGAGAGAAAGAGAGUCGCUUCAGUUUUUCUCAGAAUAAGAGGGAACACAGCAUCUAGAACAAUCAUGAAUAUGGUCAAAUUGUACAUUUAUGGUCUAAGCUAAAGCCCAGCUGACAUAAAAACCUUUUAUAAUCCAAUUUUUAUCAUCCUGACCAUACCCUGUGUGUGCAGCCGAGUGUCAGACCUGACAGGGCAGCUCCAUGGGACAGAGGACAAGGCCCGGGCUGAGAGAGAGGGGCUCCUGGACCGCCUGCACAGCCUCACCACAGAGGGCACCCACGCCAAGCUAGAGAACCAGAGCCUCAAGGUCAGUGGUGACAAUGGACUAACACUUGGAAUUAUUAGGCCAGUUUUCCCAGACACAGAUACAUUUUAGUUGGACUAAAAAUCACUUUGAAUGGAUAUUCUUCAUUGAGCAUACUGGAGUAGGCUUACUCUGUGUCUGGGAAACCAUCCCAUUAUGUGGUCCUUUCUUCAUUUACAAGAAUUACAUUUGUACCCGGUACCAAAUAGGUUGGUUCUGGUUCCAGUACAUUACAAAGAUUUGAAAGUAAUUAAUUAUCCAUAGAUUUAGCCGACCAGAUAUUGGAUCGCUUUAUUGCAUCAUAACAUGGAUUUGUGGUCAGAUUAUUCUGGACACACACACAGUUCUGUACUGUAGGCUGACAGGCAUAUGUUCCCCUCUUUCAGGCCAUGUUGUCUGCAGUGGAGGAGAAGCUGGCUCUGUCCCAGUCAGAGGUACAACACGUCAAAGCCUCUGUGAAGCAAUACGAGAGCCUAGUAGACAGCUACAAGACCCAGGUAAGUACACACACACACACACACACACAGGUAUGCACACACGUUGUACCCACAUACAGACUCUUAAUGUGCCGAAAGGAGAAUGUGUUUUCUGUGUAAUGCUACCCAUUACCCACCACCCAGGUGGUGAAGACAAGGGCGGAGGCGGACGAGUGCUGUGCCAGGCUGGGACAAGCAGAGCGAGAGGCGCGGCAGGUCCGGGACCAGCUGGAGAGCGAAGUGGAGGUGGUGCGCAGGGAGCUGCUGGGCCGGCUGACGGAGCUAGAGCCUCUUCCUGAGGCACUGCGGCGCUCUGAGGUCCUACUGGAAGAAGCUCAGGACAGAGAACACGCCCAGGAGAGAUGUAACACUGAGCUGAGUACCACCCUGGCUGACCUGCGCAUGAAGGUGUGGGGGUUGGGGGGAAUGUUUGGGUGGGGUGGGGUGUGGGGAAAGUGUUUGUGUGUGUGUGGGGGGGUAUGUGUGCUGUACACAAAAUGUGAUGGUAUGCACAUCUUCCAAACUGUGGCUUUAUCAAUUUAAUAAUAUGAUAAUAAUAGUACAAUGGUAGAUGUUUUGUGUCUAGGUCGAACAGCAGGGCAGCCAGGUGGAGCUGGUGAGACAGAAAAACUCGGUCCUGUUGGAGGAGAACAAACAGCUGCAACACCGUGUGGAGAGUCUGGAGAGGUCAGACGGUUGCGGCCAUUCCAGAGCCAAUAUCAUAGCACACUGAACAGUAAACACACACACAGUGUGUGUGUGUGUGUGUGUGUGUGUGUGUGCGUGCGUGCGUAUGUAGUAUGAUACAUAAUAUAUACAGACUCUUUUAUCCAAUUUACAGUACAGUGAGCUCAUACAUUGUUAGUUUGUGGCCUGGCGGAUACGUGACCCCCUGUGUGUGUGUGUUAUGUAUACCGUGUUUGUGUGGUGUGUGUAUGUGUGAACAUACCUGGGUCUUAUAGCCCAUCCCUCCUUCCCAUCCCGUCUCUCCCUUACAGGAAGCUAGAGGAGGCCACUUGUCAGAACAGGGACCUGGUGGGGGUGAUCACCAAGCGGGAGGAGACCAUCCAUGGCAACCAGCUCCGGCUGGAGGAGAAGUCCCGCGAGUGCAUGCACCUGACCCGCCAGCUGGAGGAGGCCUUGGAUGACGCCCGACGCCAGGUCUGUCUGGGCCCUCAAGGCAUGGGGAGAGGGGGGCUGGGGAUUGGCUACCUGGGGAAUAGCUGGGUGGGAAAUUGAAAUGCGAGUAUUGAAUUGAGUGAUUUGGUUGUUUUAAGUUUUAGCACUGUGAAUACUCACAGAACAACAUUAGUUUACACUGACUUUGUCAUUUUCUUCCCUGUCAGUUGCUCUGUCUGAUGGAGUAUCUCAGUCCUGGUGUAUAGGUGGUCCUCUGUAGCUCAGUUGGUAGAGCAUGGCGCUUGCAACUCCUGGAUAGUGGGUUCAAUUCCCGGGACCACCCAUACAUAAAAUGUAUGCACGCAUGGCUGUAAGUCACUUUGGAUAAAAGUGUCUGCUAAAUGGCAUAUUAUUAUUAUUGUAUUAGGUGUCCCAGACCCGGGAGCGUGCGGUCACGAAAGAGCGCUCCACCCAGUCCAAGGUGGUGGAACUGGAGACCCAGCUAAGCAGGACCGCCACAGAACUCACCACCCUCCGCCGCAGCAAAGAGGAGGUGAGGGGGAGUGUUUUAGAAAUACACAUCUCUAUCGUAAACUCUGAUUAUAAUCUCUUAAACCUAUUGCGGUCAAAGACAUAGUGAAUCAUGAAAAUACUCAUCCUGGCACACACACUUUAGAAAUCAAAGAAUAUUAAUUUUAAUAAUAGCAUUGAUGAUGCUGUGGUGUGUCUGUCUACCUGUCUGCGCCUCCCUCAGGCGGAGCGGCGGUACCAGUCCCGUCUUCAGGAUGUGAAGGAUCGUCUGGAGCAGUCGGACAGCACCAACAGGAGUCUGCAGAACUACGUCCAGUUCCUCAAAGCCUCUUACGCCAAC